CACAGCCCUUUGCAAAAGCUUGUGGCUGAUUCACCCUCCUGCUUCAGCCCAGCCCUGGAAGUUUCCCUCUGCCAGGCAAAACCUUUGUGAGAGGAGAUCAAAGAUGAAAGUGUGUGCUCCUUUCACUGUUGUCUUGGCUCUGACUCUGAGCAGUGACUGUGCAAGGAUGCACUACAAAUCUGGGGCAGGAAGAGGCUCAAAACAUGAGUUCACUCACCCACAAGUGCUUACAGAGGAUGGAAAUUUAUGCAAAUUUCCUUUCCGGUAUGGUGGAAGGUUUUAUCAUUCAUGUUUAUCAAAUCUCUUUUCCCAAAAGAAAUGGUGUUCUACAACACAUAACUAUGACAGGGACAGAAGGUGGGGACACUGUGCUUCGUUGCCCAAAGACCACUCAGAUCACUGUGCAAACAACCCUUGCCAAAAUGGAGGGACCUGUUCUCUGGCCCAUGGACAUAGGAAAUACCACUGUACCUGUCCCGAGGAAUUCACUGGCGAGGACUGUCAGAUAGAGAAAUGUUUUGACAACAGUCUCUACCAGUUCUUUGAUGUGGACGUGAGCUGGUCAAGAGUCCAACAAGGAGCUGUGGAGGAGUGCAAGUGUGUGAACAGCCAGAUCGAGUGCAAGCAUGUUGAGCACAGACGUUGCAUUCAUGAUCCUUGCAUGAAUGGUGGAGAAUGUAAAAUGGUUGCCCUCACUGGGGAAAUAGUGUGUGAUUGCAAAGAAAAUUAUGCAGGAAAGUAUUGCAAUAUUGUUCCCAGCCAUCGGUGCUAUGUUGGGAAUGGCACAGAGUACAGAGGUACAGCAAAGACGACCAUUUCUGGACACAGCUGCUUGCCUUGGGAUUCAGAUUUGCUUUACCAAGAGUUUCAUGUUGAUAUCGUGGAAAAAGCAAUGCACCUUGGCUUGGGGCAUUUCCCUUACUGCAGAAAUCCAGAUGAUGAUGACAAGCCAUGGUGUUACAUCAUGGAGGACAACAGUUUGUCUUGGGAAUAUUGUGACCUUCCAUCUUGUGCAAGCAGGGAAAGGAGGCCACCAGCUCCAGACAAUGUAGAUAGUUUUGCGGUUGCCAGAAGACCAUGUGGGAGAAGACACAAAAAAAGAAGUUUUGUGAGACCCAGGAUUGUUGGGGGAUCUUCAUCUCUGCCUGGAUCUCAUCCCUGGACAGCAGCUAUAUAUAUUGGAGAGAGCUUCUGUGGUGGAAGCCUUAUUCAGACUUGCUGGGUUUUGUCAGCAGCACAUUGCUUUGCUAACAGUCCACUCAAAUCAACUAUUAAGGUAGUCCUGGGUCAGCAUAUAUUUAAUAGAACAACUGAUAUAACACAAACAUUUGAAAUAGAGAAAUACAUCUUGCAUCCUGAAUAUUCUGUGUUCAACCCUAUUGAACAUGAUAUUGCUUUGAUUAAGCUGAAGAAGAAUGGCCAGCGUUGUGCUGUCAAGUCCCAGUUUGUUCAGCCCAUCUGCUUGCCAGAAAGUAACAUGGUUUUUCCUGAUCAGUUCAAAUGUCAGAUUUCUGGAUGGGGACACAGGCAUGAGAAUAUAUCUGGUUAUUCAGAUAUCCUGCAAGAAACACUGAUUCCAAUUAUUUCUGAGGAGAAGUGCAGAAGUCCUGAAGUUUACGGAACAGAAAUCACUGAAAAUAUGUUCUGUGCUGGCUACUUCGACAGCAAAUCUGAUGCUUGUCAGGGAGAUUCUGGUGGACCUCUGGCCUGUGAGAAAAAUGACAUCUCUUACCUCUAUGGAGUUAUCAGCUGGGGAGAUGGCUGUGGCAGAGUCAACAGACCUGGAGUAUAUACGCGAGUGACAAACUAUAUUAACUGGAUUAAUGAGAAAAUAGCCCCCCGAAAAGCUAGUUGAACGAUUAAACAUGAAAACAUCUGAAGCAGUUCAGGAGUCUUUUUUAGUUUCAUUGAAGUGGCAUAAAUAUUUUAUUAUAAGCUAGUAUGAAAACCGUCAUGGUAAUUCUUAGCAGUUCCAAACCAAACCACCAAAAGCAGGUCUGCUCCAUCUGAUGUCAGCACCCUUGAUCUAGAAUGUUAGGGUUGUAGGUGAAUGCAGGUGAAGCUGCUCCUCAGCUCACUGCAAAAACAGAGUUCUGAGGAAAAAUCAGAGGGUUUAAGUUUUGAUUCAACCAAACACAUAAGCACAUUUUUAUGUUCCACUGGCAAAAUCAGGCACAUGCUUCAGAGCUCUGCUGUGCAAUUUUGCAGUGAGGUUAAUGCAACACCUCCUGAGAGCAAAAGUCUCCUGCUAAAAGUUGUCUUAAGUCAGAGCACCUGAUUUUGGGCUGAUGCAUUCAGGACCUUUUGCAGACUGUGAGAUGCUCCUCACCCUGAGAAUAGCAGUGGAAAUACUUCACCUUGAUGAUAAAUGCCUGAACGGCUCUUAAAUUUGGCAGUGUUUUGAAGUUGUCUUAGAUUUUGUAGUAACAAGUUGUUCAAGUGUUUAGAUAAUUCAGGAAGAAGGUUUCUGUUAAUAGAUUUUUAAACUGGAUGGCUGAGGGAGCAGCUUGACAUUUUCCUUGGGAGUUUGGUGGUAUCAUAAACCACAGGCUUUGCUGUCAUGGUCUACAAAAUUGUUAUGGGAACAAUACAAGAAAUCAUUAAAAUAUAUAGCUGUUUAGAGGCUGUGUACUCAGCUGUGUAAGCAAAAAGGCAGAAAUUAUUCAACAAACAAAACCUAGUCUGAAAAAGAAUGGAAAAUCACAUUAUUUUAUUAUUAUUAUUAUUUUUAAUACAAGGAACCUUUAGCCAUGUCAGAUGUGUGCAUUUGGAAAUGUUGAUGUGAAAUGUAUUUCUUCCCUGAUAGUGAAUUUUAAAAAAAUUCUUUCAAGUGUUUCAAGCAAAGCUAUACUUUAAGACAUAGAAUUUUAAUGUGGUGCCUGGAUACUCUGGUAUUUGUUUUGUUUUAUAGGACUGGCAGUGUCUUCAUGGGUUUCUUAGUUGGGGUGAAUAAUUUUGGCAGUCAAAAGAAACGUUGUAAUAACCAAAACCUGAAUUUGUGUAAGUAAGUACAAAUACGUAACAAUGCUGAUCUAGAUAAAUUAUGUAACCUGUUUAAUAAAAAUAUUUACCCUCUGUUU